AUGUCUCGCAACCAUAAAGACAAGUAUGAAAACUCCAACCCACGACGUACACAUACUUUUAUGUCUACGGAGGAUGCAAACUCUGGAAAAAAAUCUUAUUGGCCAGAGUUGGAGAUAACAGGCAGUAUAAGAAAUUUAAGCCCAAAUUUAUGGCAACUAACUCAUCUAACAGCUUUGUAUCUCAAUGAUAAUAGUUUACAAAGGAUACCAUCUGAGAUUGGACGUUUAGUCAAUUUACGUGCUUUAGAUCUCAGUAGCAAUAAAUUACGCAGUUUACCAGCUGAAUUGGGGGACCUCAUCUAUCUCAGAGAAUUGUUAUUAAACCAAAAUUACCUCCGAGUGUUACCAUAUGAAUUAGGAAAAUUGUUUCAAUUACAAGUGCUUGGACUUCAAGGUAAUCCACUCAGCAAGGAAUAUUGGCGUUGUAUGGAGAACCAUCAGGGACUCACAAGCUGCUGUCAUAUAUGCUGGACAAUUUACAAGAAUUAA